AGUUUAUAUGUUGUAGGUGAUCAUAGGCUGAGCAGAACCAUUAAGAGGAUUUUGUUCAGAAGAAUAGGAGGAAGAAGAUGAGAUUUGCGGUGUCGGUUUUUGUGUUUCUGGUGCUAAUUUCUUAUGCAGCUGCAUAUGAUCCUUUGGAUCCAAAUGGAAAUAUAACCAUAAAAUGGGAUGUCAUGUCCUGGACUCCAGAUGGCUAUGUGGCUGUUGUGACUAUGAACAAUUUCCAGAUGUACAGGCAUAUACCCAACCCUGGCUGGACCCUUGGCUGGACAUGGGCUAAGAAAGAAGUUAUAUGGUCCAUGGCGGGUGCACAAACAACAGAACAAGGUGAUUGCUCCAAGUUCAAAGGAAACAUUCCUCAUUGUUGUAAGAAAAACCCUACUGUAGUAGACUUGCUGCCGGGUGUUCCAUACAACCAGCAGUUCUCAAACUGCUGCAAAGGUGGAGUGGUGGCAGCCUGGGGCCAAGAUCCAGCAUCCUCUGUUUCUCAGUUCCAGGUGAGUGUUGGCCAAGCCGGAACCUCCAACAAGACUGUCAAACUCCCCAGGAACUUCACCAUGCUUGGUCCAGGACCAGGAUACACUUGUGGACCUGCAAAAGUUGUGCCUUCCACCGUUUUCCUCACACCUGAUCGUCGUAGAAAGACUCAGGCUUUAAUGACAUGGAAUGUAACCUGCACUUAUUCUCAGUUCCUGGCUAGAAAGCACCCAAGUUGCUGUGUCUCCCUUUCAUCAUUCUACAAUGACACAAUAACUCCUUGCCCCUCUUGUGCAUGCGGGUGUGAGAAUAAGAAGAGCUGUGUCAAGAGCGAUUCUAAAAUUCUUAGCAUGGUGGGAAUCAACACUCCAAGGAAAGAUCAGACUCCACUACUGCAAUGCACGCACCAUAUGUGCCCAGUUCGAGUACACUGGCAUGUCAAGGUUAACUACAAGGAUUACUGGCGUGUCAAGAUUGCAAUCACAAACUUCAAUUACCGGAUGAACCACUCACUCUGGACACUUGCUGUUCAACAUCCUAAUCUAAACAACGUAACUCAAGUGUUCAGUUUCAAUUACAAGCCUCUUGUUCCCUAUGAAUCCAUAAAUGACACAGGGAUGUUCUAUGGCACGAAAUUCUACAAUGACUUAUUAAUGGAAGCUGGACCAUUUGGGAAUGUUCAGUCUGAAGUGCUUCUUCAAAAGGACAAGAAUACCUUCACUUUCAAGCAGGGAUGGGCAUUUCCAAGGAAGGUCUACUUUAAUGGUGAGGAGUGCAUGUUACCACCACCUGAUUCAUACCCCUUCCUCCCAAAUUCUGCAAAAAGAAAACUCCUCUGUUUCUCAACGUUGAUUUCUGCUCUGUUUUUACUCUCAAUCACUAUCUGGUGAUGGUUAUGAAGACCAUCGCAACAUGGAAAGGUUGCAGCAAGUACAAAGUUUUGAUGGCAAAGAAAAUUUAUAUAUUAUAUAGGCUGGAGUAGCAGUACACAUUGAUCCCCGUGUAUAAAACACCUAAACACAGAUUCUGUAUAUCAAAUUCUUGAAUUUCUAAUAACUACAUGCAUUGCUCUGCUGCAAGUAUAAUCUUCAUCAACGUGUUUCUACUAAAUUUUUGGUCAAGACAGGCCAUCAAUUUAUAGAACUUGUUAUACAUUUAAAAAAAAGAUGGAACAGAAGGAAUAAUGAACCACCAAAUCCAGCUUAGCAUAUAUGCUUCAUUAAUGUAUUAUUUCUUGUUACAACAGUUGUGUAUUUCACAAGUAGGAGUUCUACAUAAAUACAAAGAUGAAGAUGCAGUACCACAGUAACCACUAAACAAUGGGGAAGUCACCUGCCAGUACAUUAUGAAGAAACCACUCAGUUUCUUGACAACCCAGAAAAAAUACUGCACUUUCACCCACGUGAUGGUAAGAAGACACCACAAACAAAGAUAAGAACUCAUCAAUUGGGUUAUCAUCAGUUUAAGGUUUGAACCAUCCAGUCAAAAAUUGUAGAAACUCCAUUUCACAGUGAAGAGUUUAUGGGUAUUCAUUUAAGAAUGCCAACGCUGAUAAGAAGGAGAGAAUUAAGGCAAGCAGAGAUAGAUGCUGUUUGGAACCAGCAUUUGGCAACCAUGGAUAAGAAUCAGGAGGUGGCAUCACACAAUUGUCUCCGUUGAAAUAGAUCCUCCUAGGGAAAGCCCAACCCUUCUCAAAAGUAAAAGUUGAUUGAUCCUUUCGGAAAAGCAGCUCUGACUGUACAUUACCAAGAGGACCAGCUUGCAUGAGCAAAUCAUUGUAGAACUUGAUCCCCCAGAGCAUAGCAGUAUCAUCUGUCAUGAAAAAGAAAAAAAAACAGCAAAACCAAUCACUCCAAAGUACUUCUGUACAACUAUAUCGAAGGAAUUUAUGCCUGCAGUUGCUCCCAAUUC